AUAAAAGUUUGUUUUGAUGACAAUUAAAAUAAAAAAAUAUUGUAAACCAAAUAUAUCAGUGGAAAUACAAAAUUUCUAGUUAUGAGCGGCGCAAACGGAAGUAAUCGCGUCGAUGUUAUCGGACGUCCGGUUGUUACAACCGAAAAUCAAGCCAACAGCGCAAUCGAAAAAGUUGCCUCUGUGACUUCGUUUAUGUUAUUUUUAGCCUUUUUCCCGAUUUCAAUAUUUGUAUGUCUGGUUGUAAUGUUGGAAUUCCAACGUGCAGUUGUGUUUCGUUUGGGACGAUUAAGGAAGGGUGGUCCGCGCGGUCCGGGUAUAUUUUUCAUUUUACCUUGCAUUGAUAGCAUCGUUAGUGUCGACUUGCGUACGGUUUCAAUUGAUGUGGCGCCGCAAGAAGUACUCACAAGAGACUCAGUGACAGUUACACUCGACGCUGUCAUCUAUUACCGCAUAGACGAUCCUCUACGAGCAGUCAUUCAAGUUGCUAAUGUUAUGUCAUCGACAAUGUUGUUAGCUCAGACCACGCUACGUAAUGUGGCAGGCACAAAAAUGCUCAUGGAGCUAUUGGCCGAUAAAGAAUCCAUUUCUAAGUCUAUCGAGGAUAUUUUAGAUGUAGCAACCGAUCCUUGGGGAGUCAAGGUGGAGCUUGUCGAAAUCAAAGAUGUUCGUCUGCCUUUUUCGCUGCAACGCGCUAUGGCCGCCGAAGCAGAAGCUACACGUGAGGCCAAAGCGAAAAUUGUUGCUGCAGAAGGUGAAUACAAAGCGUCGACUGCGCUCAAGCAGGCUUCGGAUAUAAUCGGAAUGAAUCCAAUUGCCUUACAGUUGCGGUACUUACAAACUAUGAACACAAUAUCGGCGGAACGCAAUUCAACAAUUAUAUUUCCGUUUCCGAUUGAGCUGAUGGAUAUUUAGGUUUUUUUUUAAUUAGAAUUGUGGAACGAAGUGUUUUUUUUAUUGAUGUGUAAUACCUUAAAUUGGACGUAUUUUAAAAUCACCAUUAGAGAUCAAAAUGGACUGAACACCUGAAAACCUUUAAUCGUCUCAUGUGAAUAAACUGUGUCAACAGUAAAGUUCUUAUCCAUCUUGAUGAAUUAUAAUGUCCGUUUUGAAUUAUAAUUUGAUGAUAAUUUUUGCCGUAUCUGAAGAAGUGAGCGAAUUGUAUAAAUUA